UCUAGCUCUUCCUGGCCGCCCAGGCUGAGGGUCUGCUCAGGAUGAAGGCGCUUCUGGCUGUACUGCUGGCUGGCCUUGUGUGCAUGGAGCUAGCCCAGUCCUUGCGAUGCUACACCUGCAAAGAACCGACAGAUCUCUCUGCAUGCACCUUGGUCAGCAACUGCUCUGAGAACGACACCGCGUGCAGGACAACUGUGCAUUCUGUAGACUCUGGUUACCCCUUUUUCGGGAACAUCACCGUCUCCAAAUCCUGUGCUAAGAUGUGCAUACCCUCCGACCCGGAUGGAAUCGGGGAGUCCCACCCUGACUCGUGCUGUCGCACCGACCUGUGCAAUACCGACGGCGUGCCAGAGCUGACAGCCAAUGCCAUGGCAAUCACAGCUGCCGCUCUCUGGACCCUCCUGAGGGUCAUGCUGUAG